AAAAGCGGCGAGAUUAAAGGAUUAGCAUGCAGUGCAUCCUGGGAACAUCGAAUCCCGUCACUAUGGCAGCUCGCGCUCUUAGCCUAGUACUCCUGUUUACAUUUGUCACGGUCAUCUUCGGAUUGCCGACUUCUUUGCCAGAAGCAGCUGUAGCAACACAUGAAGAACACACAUUGUCAACCGAGCUGCUACCGCCGCCCGUAGACGAGAAGGAAGGAGAACACCAUGCUACAAUCUAUAUCAUUAAUCUGUACGCUGUAAAAAAUGGUAGCAGCAACGCGUCGGAGGAAAUGUUCCAAAACGAAGUCGUGGAAACGAUACCUGACAUAAUGGAGCCGCUGGUCUCGGUUCUCCUAGUAGUAGAGGACGAUGAAAACGAAGAGUUAGAAAAGCAUCCGCCCGUCGACCUCGACGAAUUUGCGGAGGGAUUGAAAGGCCAAGGUUUCAAGGUCGACAAGAUUGAUCUUAACAGCAAGGCGAAGGUGCUUAAGAUGAAAUUGGAAAAGACGGAGGCGCAGAGUAUGAUAGACUCGGCUUUGAAGGGUAAUGAGAAGAGAUACCGUCAAAAAAGGACCAUCUGUUACAAAUGCGGCGGCGGCGGAGGAUGGGGGCAUCGAAAAGUGAUACCAAUAGUAGUUGUACCCAUACCUAUUACAGGCCAUGGUCAUCAUGGUCAUCAUGGUCAUCGUGGCGGCGGCGGCUGUAACCGUUGCGGUCGUGGUGGAGGCGGAUGGGGAGGCGGAGGCGGAUGGUCUCACGCAUCCGCGUCGGCCCAUGCUUCUUCUGGUAGCUGGGGAAGAAAAUGAAAAGAAUAUAUGUAAUCACGUAAACGUGUUGCCAUUAAUGAUUUAUGCUGCCUUCAUGUUUAAUACACGUAUGCAAAAAAAAA